AAGCUAACGUGACGUGUACAUCAGAUAAGUUUACUUGCAACAAUGGAAACUGCACGAGUAUGAAAUGGACGUGCAAUGGUCGUGAUGACUGUGGUGACUUCUCUGAUGAGGUUGAUUGCCAGAACAGAAGACCAAAAUGUAACAGCUCGGAAAUAUUGUGUGGAGAUGGACUCCAGUGCAUCAGUGAGACAAAGAAAUGUGAUCGCAUUGAGGAUUGUUUUGAUGCUUUAGAUGAGCUUAACUGCAGCCGUUGUAAGUAUUGAAAUGGUGAAUAUCUGAAUUUUAUAUAUUUAAACCGCACAAUGAAGAAAUAUAUGCAGAGAUGGUGAUUAUCGAAGUUAAAGACGCUGCACCGGAAUUGUAACUGACUGCAUAAGCUAGUAGUUAUAAAAAUGCCUUUUCUGGAUCAACUCUAAAAUACCUUUUUCCCUCAUUUUCUUCAUUAAUCAAGUCAUAGUUUUGAACUAUUAAGACUACAUGUCAAUUUUUUAACUAUUAAGACUACAUGUCAAUUUUGGACUAUUAAGACUACAUGCACAAAAAUCACAAUUUUUUUCGAAAGUGACAUCUUUCAAAAACGUUUGUGUCGUAGUAUCCAAGAACAUCAAUUAACACACCAACGUUGACCGUCUUUUACUUCCGUUUCUUCGAGUUGGCAUUUGCAUUCUUUUCCAGGAGUUGGUUGUUUGGUGUGAUAUUUCAUUAGGCAAAGAUCAAUGAGGCAAAUAAUAUAAUAAGAAGUCAAAAUGAUGAUAUUUUUUCAAUGAAAUGAACAAGAUUGCUGUGAGCGCAAAUGAUGACAAACGCACCAUUUCAAGCAACAAGAUAAAGACCUUUGCUUUAAGAUAAAAUAGAGUUUAAAAGAUUAAAAUAUAAUAAUUAUAAAUUAUGAAAGAUCAAGAGAUAAUUAUUUUUAAGGAAAAUAAAUUUUAUUUUCAACCGGUUUACAAAAGGUAGAUUUCCCGCUUAACAAAAUUUUUGAUAAUUUAUGCAAAAUUGAACCUCGUCAACGUCAGAAGUGCAUUUAUAAAAAAUAAACAGACUUCCUCCACAGGGGUUUGAACACGAUUUUAAUUAAAGUACUUUUCGAGCACUGCGGUAGUUGACCGCAAAAGUGUUACGAUGAUAGAUACUCAACUGGAUGAUUAAGUCACUACAUAGCAACCAGACACUACGCAUUUUUUAACUUACGGGACGCUGAGGCUUGUGAUGAACCAAACCAUAAAAAAGAGGCAUAAGCUCUGGAAUACUACAGAAAGUAUUUUCUGUGAAAAACUGCCGAAAGUAUUUUCUCUACUUGAUCUAGAUGUCUUCGCAGGUGUUUCUUAACUAGUGGAUUUACCUGACAUUUUCUGCACAAUUAGGCGCCGCACGUUUGACUUCAAAGGAGACUGGGGGUUAAUUAGGUUAUGUUGAUAAAUCACGUGCUGUGAGUGCUUAAACGUAGCCUGCGAAAACAUAAGUUUCUCCUCGCUCUUCGCCGCUGGGGACGUUUCGCGAGGAGGAACGUCUGCGACUCAGCGACCGAAAUUCCAUACUGAUGAAGUAUAGUCUGUCCGCAAUUCGGUCAGAAGCGCUGAUUGGUCGACGGAGUAGUUACAUUGUUUUAGCUAUUGUUUACGAAUGACAGACAAAAGACAAAAGGCCACAAAGGUCAAAUGUAAACGUGAAAUAAUAUUUGUGGAAUAUAGUCUUCUCUAGAAGAAGCAUUUGAGUCUUGCUAGAGCUCGUUGGCAGAUGAACACAACACUUCACCAAAAUCGACCAGAAGACACGCAAAAUUGGGCAAAUUUAUAUUUGGAACCCCAUGACUACCGGAUUCAUUAUGUAAACGUUGAUUGCGUCAUCAGUAUGGAAUUUCGGUCGCUGAGUCGCAGACGUUCCUUCUCGCGAAACGUCCCCAGCGGCGAAGAGCGCAUCCUCGGAGACCCAGGGGCAGUCAGUCGGGCCGGUAGAAAGGCGCUGCGAAAGUUUUCAAGCACGGGCGGAAGGGCCCCUGGGUACUGACUCUCACAGGACCAUUUCCAAACGGUCAGGCGAAUGCUGGCUCCUGAUUGAGCACAAAAAAUGCUUUGUAUUAUUGUGCCCAAUCGGCGAACAGUAUCUCCUGAGCACCUCCCCUUUUCGUGAGUUCGUACACGACGGCUAUUAUCUCGCCACAGUUGCCCGGUUCGUUCACCAAGCUUUCCUAUCCAGAUAAAGGAACUACCGAUGAGUCGAAAACGUUUCGGAUGCUAUCAGCAGGAGCAAUUCAAUUUGCACUGAGAAAAUUCUGUUUCUGACGGAUCACAACUGUAUCGUAAGUAAUAGAAAGUUUAAGGUGCGGCGGCGCCGGACAAGAAAUCAAAAAACGCAAUAGCUUGACUGACAAGGCAAAACAACAACUUUGCACGUGCAUCACGCUCUGUUGUACAUUUCUUUGCCGUCACUGCAGGGCUACCACGUGAAAAUGCCUAGUUUCGCGUUUUGUGAAGGACUUAAACAAGCAAUGAGUGACAAAAUUUUCUUCCUCUUUAGAAAUUCAGCUCCAGAAGAGUUCGCUUGCAUUUAACAAAGUAAGCGAGUUGGAAUAAUCACGAUAGAGACUGAAAAACUGUGAAUUCACUUUUCAUGCGACCUUUUCGUGGCUGUCAGUUGUCGUGGCAUCUUGAACUCCCUAAUAUUUACGAAGACGUGAUCGAUGCAAGCGUGAAUACCUGUUGUAAGCUCAAGCUUGUAUUUUCGGAAAAGCGUCUUUAGUUUUCGCAUAGACAGUAUUUUGAAAUGGAAAGUUUAUAUCGAACUGAAAGUUUCCUGACUGCGUGCAUUUCUUUGGUCCGUGAGCCAGACAAGCCGUGAUCGAGUCAAUAGCCGUCAUGUACGAACUCACAAAAAGAACUCAGGAGAUGCUGUUUUCUCCGAUACAAAGCAUUUUCUGUGCCCAAUCAGAAGCCAGUAUUCGCUUGACCGUUUGGAAAUGGUCCCAGGCGGUGUUAGACACGGUCCACGUGACCAAUUUUGUCCAAUCACAUCAUUGCAGAUGGCGGACUGAUUCUUUCACCUUUGCGCUAGUAGUCUCUUCGAUUUUCUUCGACUUUCGCCGUUUAUCAAGUGAUUUACGAUGAUUUUUUUGGAAAAGUUUGAGUAGACAGAUGUAGCAAGCCGCAGUUCUUAAAACAAUAUGAUGUAUGUUUGUUUUCUAUUGAUAUUGUUCGUUGUAAUUCUUCAUGCGCAUAAUCCCUUUGUUUAGUUAAGCGCUAUUGUUUAUGCUUUUCAGUCUACAUCUUCUCUGUGUUCAACGACCCCUGACCUCCAUUUUUAGCAUAAUCUAUUAGUUUUGUUGUUCAAGAAUCUGAAAUGGUCGGCGGGCCGUAGCAGGCCCCGCCGUUUUAAGGGUCAAAAUGCCACUUGAAGUAUACCAACGUGCGUGAAUCGUGACUCCAUUCCGCGGCAUCUUUAGUAUUAUAAAUAUACUCGCGCGGUCACGAUCGAACCAGCUUAGAAUACUUUCACUACACGAUCAGCUCAGAAUACUUUCUUUCAUUUCCUUUUUAUUCGUCUUUAAAAAUAUGAUAUUUUUUUGUAAUAUAUAUGUCAUCAUAUCGGCCCUUAGGCCCUCCGUUUUGAAUAGUUCCUUGGCUUCUUCCUUCUGCCCUUGUCCGCAAAGAGUUAACCUUCUGUGCGAGAUUCUUCAUGAUUCCUAAUAAAUCAUACAAAACAUAACGAACAGAUAAAACUGAAUUCAUACGGAAAAAAAUGACUAGAAAACCUCCGCUAACUUGCUGUUGUCCUCAACAACAACAAGUUAGAGGAGGAGGAUUCCACAUUUGCCUUGGCCUCCAGCUUCUUCUGGAAAACCAGAAUAGGUUGCAUAUUAUUUUCGAUGGGAAGAUCAGUAUCCUUCAUGCACAUGUCAGUGUACCUGGAAAAAAAAUCUGAGGUGAGAAGAGCGCUAAAGAGAAGCUUACGUUCAAAAUCAAGCACUUUAGGCACAUGUAAGAACGAUGUGUUGAUACGUACCGCGUUGCUUCGAUCCCAGAAUUAUCUCUUCGACACAGAAAAUAACAGUUUUGUGAAGCCAGCAGUAAACGUCGAUUGCGGCCACCUUUCCAGAGAAAGAUCUCAAAUGAACAUCGCAUGUUAUGUUCUUUAAAAGCGGAAGAAGACCUGUAAUGCCCAUAUCACACUAAUUCUCCCGGUAUUUUUAUGGCGUAACGAGAGAUGUGAACAAAGCGAAGGUCAGAUGCAAAUGAGCCGUUUUUGAUUUUUUCCCCAUGAUGCCCUUCGGACCGUGUCCAACACCGCCUGGAAAUGGUCCUGUGAGAGUCGGUACCCAGGGGCACUUCCGCCCGUGCGUGAAAACUUUCGUCGCGCCUUUUCUCCCGGCCCGACUGACCGCUCCUGGGUCUCCGAGGAUGCAAAGAGCGAGGAGAAGUGGAUGUUUUCGAAGGCUAGCUUAAACGUCCCCGGACUAUUUCAUCUCAAUAGGAUUGCUACUGAAAAAAUAAUGCAUUGUUAUUUUUUCAAUAUUUUUAAAACGUGUUGAUUGAAAAACGUUAAACAAAAGCAGCAAAAAUAACAAAUGUUGGGCAGAAAUAUUUAUGCAAAUGUAUUAUGCAACUGAAGUAAACAGUUUGAGUGUCUACUUGCCUUCGCAAAACGGCUGUCCAAAUGAAAGAAAUUUCACAGUUAACAGGCUGCACAAGGGGAAACAAUUGCUCGCGUAGAGUGUCGUUAAGUCUAGCUACAAAGCGAUGUAAAGGAAUUGCAAACCGGUAAGAAUUAAAUUUUGUUGCUCAUGACUCAUUUCGCCCAUUCCUUCUUGAAAUGGUAACAUGGACCGCGAUUUGGUACCUUUUUUUGGUUAGAAAACUUCAUAUUUCGUUUUAGAAUAUGGUCUGACCGGUCAAAGAUUUUUUUUGUUCGGUUAAGGAUGAAAAUUUUUUUUAAAACUUUUUCUGGAAGACAAAUUUUUUUCAAUUUUCUUGUUAUUUGCAAAUUAAGGGGAUCGUCAAUAUAAAAUCUCACGUUAUUAGUAUUGUUUAUAUAGAAGGUUCAUCCAGUCGGUAUUCCAUUGUUUCAGUCAUUCAACCCCGUAUUUCCCCUGAGGCUGACAUUUUGGCGGGUAUAAAGGUCCUUAACUUAUUAAAUCCGAGAAGUCAGUUGGAUAAUAUGCCUACUGAAUAUUAAUGAAUUUUUGACGAAAAAAUAUCUUGCCAACUAGUUCUGGGCGAAAAAGUGAAUGCGUUGAAUUACCAAGAGAAAACAUCAUGGACUUCCCUUGAGUACGUGAGCUCUUCCCUGUACCCCCACAAAAAGGACUCUUUCUUUCUUGUCUGUUGUUUGCACAUGUCUGAAGAUAUUCAGGAAUGGAGGGAGGGGCAGUGCCAAACUCCUUUCACCGUUUUUUAAUUACUAUCGGAUAGCAAAAAUAAAAUAAAAUAAAUAACAAUUAUUCACCGAAGUGGAGGUGGAUAGUACUGGAUAUUUACCGAGGCCGUGAAGCGGCGAGGUGGUUAUCUGGAGUUGUUUACAAAAUUAAGAGGCACUCAACCUCAAGAUUCAAAUAAUUAAUUCAAUCUAAAAUGAGUUUUGUUGCCGUGUUCAUCAUUAAGAAAGAUAGUCUUUGCCCGGGGGGGUACUCCCAUACAUUACCUAUAUGGGUAUGUGCCGCCCAACGGGGUCGUGAUUUUGAAGCUCCUGGUUUAGAACGGGGUAUCCAUUUCAGAGGCGUUUUCUAGAACGGGGUAUAAUAUUUCGAACGCACGAAAGCUCCAGUUUUGUAAGCAGCCAUUUGAAAUUAUUCAAGGACAGAUUGCUUUUAAAAAUACGGUUCAAUGCGUUAACAAGCAAACUGUUGUACUCUUGUUGCACCCUGUGUUUUAGCGUGCAGGGCGGGCGUAUUUUGGCGCGAGCUGCGAGCGCUGACUCCGCCAUCUUGGAUAAAUAGGCGCGCGGAAGUCUGGAACGAGUCCAUAAUGUACCCGAGGGAGUUGGGCUCUUUCGAUUUACAAACUUUCUAGAACGGAGUAUAAAAAUUUGGCCCAUUUCUAGAACGGGGUAUCAAUUUUAGCGGAAAAUUUUUUUAAAAAGAGCGGGGGGCAAUUUGGAGUCCCGGGCAGCACAUACCCACCCAAAAAAUACCUAAGUGCCCCACGGGAGUCUUUGAUAUCGCGUUGCUUUCUUACUAGCGACGUUGUUGGGAUGUAAUCACUCAGGUUCCGUCGACGUCUGGCGAGGGCCGAGUAAAGUCGUUGAGGAGGAUGGCAGUGUUGAUUUGCCUGCAUGCAGGUUCUCUUGCUGUUUCUCUAUAAAUUAGGAUACAGGGUAACUGAAGACACUAAAAGAAUUUUGUUUUCCGAGUUUAAGUUCAUCAGUGUUCAUUGUAGCCUUUUUAAGACAACAAUUAUGUUACUCGGAUAAUCUUUUGCAGUGUUGAUCUCUACUGAGCAUCCGCUUGGACUAUGUCCAAUGGGUGAAUUCCGAUGCGACGAUUCUAGCCGGUGUAUUCCUAAAAGUAAACAUUGUGAUGGUUACAAGGACUGUAGGAAUGGAGAAGAUGAAAAGUCUUGUGGUGAGUAUAAUAUAGGCUGUAAAUAAACAAUUUUUAGUCUAUGAGAUGCAAUAUCGCAAAGAUGAAUAAAGUAUAUUUAUGUAGAAAAAAAAAACACUUGUCCCCUUUUCAAAGAGCUGCUUGCACUUAGAUGCGACAUGUUCUUUAAUCCUCACGAAGCGAGGCCGAGACCUCGCGCUGUGAGGUUUAUGAAUUUAUCGAAACUUACCUCGCGCGUGGAUCCAGAAGGACACCGUAAGAUAUAAUCUAAUUAUUAUAUGGACGGGAGUGUAUCACUCGGAACUAAAGCAAUCGAUGUAGAAUCAAUUUGACCACUACAUCGAGAACUGAGAGGUGUAUUUUUCGUAUGUAUGGAUUUCUGCAUUUUCAAACUUUGCAGAAUGAACUUGCUUUGUUUGUUGUUCGGAAAAGUUAUGAAUGGAGGCCGGAAGAUUCGUUGCGGUAGAGCAAAUGUAGUGCGUUUUCUGAAAAACAAGAGAAUCAAAACACCCAAGCAAACGACUAUGUGAUCUAAGAUUUUCAAAGAAUUUCUCAAAAUUUGCUACGAGAGAGACGUUCGCGGAUAUAACUCCCUAGGAACAAUCACAAAGAAUUUGUGUUUGCCAUGAGGAGGAAUUUAUGAGUCCUGUUUAUUAGAGCUUUUGCUCAGUGUCGAACGAUAUCUCCGAGGCAAUAACUAUGGUUUGUCUGUGCCUAACAACAAGGAAUUCCAAGAAGUACAAGUAUUUUGUAAUUUUGUAUUAAGCUCAGCAUUUGUAUUAGGAAAUAGCAGUAUCUGUAUUUAACCCAGCUUUUCAGUCUCUUCCAAGUAUAUUUAUAGUCCAUGUAACAAAAAGAAAACUACACGGUGGUGCCAGAGAAGAUACGAAUUUUAUGUUCGAGUGGCUUGAACAAUAUCUGACACGUUCGCUGCCUGCUCUUACUCGUGAGAUAUAGUUCUUUCCACUAAAACUUAAAAUAAAUAUCUUCUCUCCACCAAGCUUGCAGACACAGAUGACGUAUUUACGGUCGUCGUUUCUCUCCACUCGAAAAGUAACGUUUGCGAACCCGAGCGGCCAAACGAUUUCCGCGGCGUAAGACAUUAUUAGCCAAUCACAGUUUAGCUCCUAAAAUCAAAAAGCUAACUCGCGAGACUUCUCGCAAGAUCGUGCGCGAUGGAUCGUCCAUUCGAAAUUGAAUGGACGAAGCCUGUGUAUAGCCGCCCCUCCGCCGUUUGGAUUCGCAAACGUUACUUUUCGGGUGGAGAGAAGCGACGACCGGAAAUACGUCUGUGUCCGCAGGCUACUCUCCACCGGGUAAUAUCCUCUAUAUAAUCUGGUGGUUGUCCGCAGUUGCUUAGCAACAAAACGGCCACAAACAACUUCUUCCGGUUGUUUUGGGGGCCUUUUUAGCGAUGAAUUCCGUCAACAGAAGUGCUUUAAAUAGGAAAUGGCAGGAAUCAUUUGCAUCAUCAUCUGCAAAAUAACCAAUAGUAUUUGAACAGAGUGGAUUUCUAUUCGGCCUGAAAUCAUAGGCGUAAUCUCAAAGUUGAGCAGUCGCGCAGCGCGAGUUCGAUUUGCAAUCACAAGCAUGAUUUCACAGUAAAGUUUUACGACACAACGUUCAAUAACCACUUUAUGACACCCAUUUUGAAAUCGCACGAUCCAAUCGUUCAAACACAGGAUUUAGUCAGUCCCAAUAUUUUAUUGACGCAAUAGACGGUUUGCAAUAAUGUUUUUACUCUCAUUUUGUUUGCUAAAAAGAAAUGGUGCGAUUUAACUAGAGCAACAUCGUCGGAUUUAAAAAUAAUGUCAGUAUAAAGAAGAUCACAAAUGAAACGAUUUAGAGCACAAGUGGUGCGAUUUAGAACAGAACUGGUGUCAUUUACAGCGAGACUUAGCGGAUUCGUACAUAAAUCACACUUCUGUGAGCCAAUGAGAUUUCAGAAUUUAUGUAAUAAGAGCGAAGAGUCGAGAUUAGAAAAGCUUUGUACUGCUCCUCUCUUUGCAGACGAGUUGGUGGGCUGUAUCGGUCACUUGUUAAAUGCGAUGAAAUCCUUUUAACUUUGGCUUUUCAGCGUCAAAAACUCGCAUCUCAAAAAAACUAACCUUGAUUACAAGUUACUGCUCCACUAGCGUUAAACGGCGUUAUCAGGGAUUUCUAUGGAAAAAUUCUUUUACCUUAUUUAAACCGUAUUCCAUUUCAAUCAAAAUCGGGUGUGUAUACCUGAUUGAAAAAACCUCCUCGCUUAAAAGUAUAAACCAUGAACGAUGAGGCUUCAAGGAUUUAUGGGUAUACGUUCGUUAGCAAAGCAAAUGGAACAAUUGUAUACUGAAUCGAGGUAAUCGUGAUAGAAAACUUGAUCUGUGUACAAAACGGUAGCCUGCGUUACAGCCGGACUUGUGACUCAAGACCUAUAGUUUUAAACAGUCUGCUACUCAGGCUAAUCCCAGUAGUCUUGCGGACUCCUACCUGUGUCAGCGUUGAAAUCUGAUUUCUUGCUUGUGCUUCUUGUAUCUAUACAAUCAGCCAAAAAGACAUGCCAGCCAGAUGAAUUUACCUGCAAAAAUGGCGCAUGCACAAAGAUGAACUGGAAGUGCGAUCAUAAUGACGAUUGUGGGGACAACUCCGAUGAGACUGACUGCCCUCCUCCCAGCUCAGAAGGUAAAGGCUAGUUUGCACCUAUGACGUAAUACUGUAAUAGGUACAAGCCAAAUAAUUUGACGUAGUGGCGCGUUAAGAACUAGCAGGAAGUUAUUUAACAAUUAUUCCUUGAGCCCGAAUGGGCUAUUGACUCAGAGGCCAUGAGGGCGAGAGGAAUAAUUGCUUUUUUAAAAUCCAACUACUUGGUCAAAAAUAUCGAGAAUAAAAAACUUUUAGCCAGUUAAAGCUAGACUUUAAUCCUUUUUUGCCGCCAAAAAGCCCGCGCUUUUCGCUACUAGGCCAGGGGCCUAUAACAUAUAGCCUAGUAGUAGCUCAACCAAUCAGAACGCAGCAUUGAUAAUAGACCACUAGUUGGAUUUUACUAAAAACGUAUAGCCUGUGUAGCAAGUGUUCCCGCGCGAGUUGGAUGAGAAAGUUGUAAUGAGAGCAAAAAAAGGCAGGAAGGGAAUGAUGAAGAGAAACGCUUGUCCACAGACCCCUCGAUUCUGAUACACAUCCCUUAAUAUUUGACGGUCCGUUUCAUUCGUAGGUUGACAGCUUGUCAACAUAGUAGCAGAAAAACGGAUUCACCAGAUUUUAAAAAAUUUCCUCUUCUUCCCUACCCUCCCCUCCCUUUCUUCUCCUUUUUUUGUUUUGUUCUCGUUUUCCAACUUUCUCAACAACUCACUGAUAAACGAAGGCCAUCUCCCAUCACUCAAGACAUCUGCGCCUCGAGUUGAGAACGCGCUGCUGGAGGAAAAUUUAGAAAAAUGGAGGCAAGUGAGGUUCAGAAAUGCGAUUGCCAUGAGCCUUGAAAUCAAUAAGCGGUUUGAUGUAGAAUUCUAGGAUCGGGUUAAGAUAACUGCAAGGAUGGGCACACUACGUAACUAUAGCAUUGCUUUGCACUCGCUUCGGCAUUAAAGGGCAUCUGAACACGGCCUUUGGUCCUACUGCGGCCUGACGGCUGUACCGAUGAGCCCUAAUGAUGACGAAAGAGCUCUACUAUCUGAAGUAUUUGAAAACCUGGAACAGGUUUCUGACGGGGUGAUAUUGCAGGUGCUGUCAUGCGUAAGAAACUGGCCAUAGCGUGAAGUUUAAUGGUGUGUGUGCUUCCUUGCAGUUUCGGCCAGUCUAGUCUCAACUACACUCCCCUAACCUAAAGUUAACACUAACUUCUCCCAAAGAUCGGGUUCAAGUGAAUUUCAGAUUUUAGCGACUUGGUAGGUGAAAGAGAGGAUUUAUGCGCUUUGUAUUUUCAGUUUGCCUCUACCACUCGCUGUGUGGGUAAACCAGCUAUCUAGUAACUAUUUUAUCAAAUCGGCAUUUAAUACGAAUUUUAGCGUUCAUCAUUUAUUUCAUAUAUUUAGAUACAACCCUGUUAGUUUUUGGAUCACAGGAUGGAUUAUACGAAAUUGACCUGCGCAACAAGUCAAGGAUGACACACAUAUCCAAGAAGAUUGUCUUAUCAUUUGACUUUCCAUCAGAAUCGUCCCAGAUUUACUGGUCGGACGGGAAACGUAUAUACCAGUUAUCUCGACAUAAUGGCAACAAUGAAGCAGUAAAAUUUCGUCCUGAUGACGUCAAGUCAGUGGCGAGUCUGGCUGUUGAUGGCCGGCUAAAAAAUUAUACUGGACAGACACCCUGCAAGGUGCAAUUUAUGUUGGGGAUCUAAAAAAUGACAGAACUGUCAAGCUUAUGGAAGAAAACCUGGAAUCUCCGAGAGCUAUUGUUCUUAGUAAAGGGUAAGUAUCAAAAGUUUGAUUUUUUCCAAUGUUAGGUAACCCUUUCGAGCUGCAAACUGUGUUUACUCGGAGCCCUGGCUCGAAUAUUAACGCGCCUCUUAGCCCUUGAUGACAUGUUCAUACGCGGACUGAACAUGUCUUUUUUUGCUCAAAGAAUGUACGCAAUUAAUAAACUCUUCCAAUUGGCAGUGUUUUUCCCGCAUAAAUGCUUAUGUCAGUACCACAUAGAAAACACACAAAGGGUAAUGGGCAAAAUUCUGGUGGCAGGGAAGCGCUUAAAUCUAGGGAUAAGGGGACCAGGAGAGAAGCCCUCCUGGGGGGAGACAAGAUCGAGUGGUACCGGGGGUAGCCACCCUGGACAGGAGUCCUGAUCAGUCUCCGGGGGUGAGGCCCAUAUCCCCCAGUACAGGAACUGAGGGUAACCAGGAGGGGUGGCCCUCCUGGGUGGAGUACAGAUCAGGUGGGACCGGGGGUCCACACCCUGGAGUGGAUAUUUUUCCGGACCUGUCUCCAAGGGCUAAGCCUUACUGUGGGGUAAAGUGCAGCCAGGGGUUGCACUUCCCUGCCACUCCUUUUAUUUGGAAGCCAGACAGCAGUUUCAUAUCCCAGGAACCUAAUGAAGGAAUGAGACCUAGUCGAGUAUAACACCAUAAUAUAAAUGAUUAAUCUUAAGGAUACAUAUAUAUAUAGGGGAAUAAGGUAAUGAUCUGCUUAAAAUAUGUUCUGGUCGUGCUAAAUACUGCUACUCUGCUACUCUGCCAGCCCAUAUUGGAAUAUGCUCCUAGAGGUACUUAGAACUGCUGCAUCAUUACAUGUUUUCAAAUCAAAAAAUUAAGAGCAUUAAUAAUUGAUAAUAAAUGCUGCUGCUUUGUAAUUAGUUUUAAUUAUCGCUAGGUACUGUAGACACACUGUAUAAAAUAAUUGUCUUGUUUCUGCAUUAUCGUAAACUUGUACAUAAUAUAUAGUAUUACUUUAUUCUAAUUACCAUUGUCAUUUAUAUUCUAUUUGUUUUUGCUAUACCUUCGGGGAUAUGAGCAUUAGUUGAUGCUAUCUUUUGGAAUGCGAAGUGAGAUAAAGAUUUUGAUUUGAUUUGAAAUAUAUAGGGCACAUAAGAAGUAAUCGAAGAACUGAACAAAGGUUCCAGUCAGAACAAAGGGGUGGGUGGGAGGGAAAACACGCUGUUGUGAAUGAACCGAAGCUCUAAACGAACUGACUGGGAAAGGACAGUGUACGGCAAAAAGAGGAGCACACGUGCAUGAUAAGCAUGUGAUAAUAUGAAUGGAACCUUUGUGGAGUCUAGGAAUAUAUCAUGCUACAUUACAGUGGACUUUGCCAAAAAAGAAGGAUACAUUGUAAUCAAACAACUACUUAGUGUUCAUUGUUCUUUCUUGUACUUUGAACUAGUAUCUACCAUUACUGAGUACAAAAGCUUAUACAAAUGUUCACGUUGUGUGACAUAAGAGCCAAGAUAUGAUUGUUGCAAGUAUGCCCUAAGUGUGCUUUCAUAGGGCAUCAUUCUCAGGUUUAUUAACAACAGUUUAUGCUACCAUAAACUUGAACUUAAUAAACUCUUCCAAUUGGCAGUGUUUUUCCCGCAUAAAUGCUUAUGUCAGUACCACAUAGAAAACACACAAAGGGUAAUGGGCAAAAUUCUGGUGGCAGGGAAGCGCUUAAAUCUAGGGAUAAGGGGACCAGGAGAGAAGCCCUCCUGGGGGGGAGACAAGAUCGAGUGGUACCGGGGGUAGCCACCCUGGACAGGAGUCCUGAUCAGUCUCCGGGGGUGAGGCCCAUAUCCCCCAGUACAGGAACUGAGGGUAACCAGGAGGGGUGGCCCUCCUGGGUGGAGUACAGAUCAGGUGGGACCGGGGGUCCACACCCUGGAGUGGAUAUUUUUCCGGACCUGUCUCCAAGGGCUAAGCCUUACUGUGGGGUAAAGUGCAGCCAGGGGUUGCACUUCCCUGCCACGGAUGGUGGAGCAUGGGGAGACAGGGGACACAAUCCCCCCACAGUAGAAGGCGAAUAAAGUCGAGCUCCUGCAAGAAGAGGGAGCCGUACCUUCCGCUCCUAUGAGACUUUGCAAGUGAUCUGACGAAAGUUGAAGACAACACUGGUUGUCCUGAAGUUAGUUAUGGACUAGUAUUAGCUAAGAGUCUAGGUACUUCUAAAAUGGUACAUUUAGGGGUCCUUAUAUAGCGUUCAUAACAGUCUGAGCUCCAGCGGCCUAGAACUUUAAUAAGCCAGGGUGGAAGGCCAGCUUUGGCUGCUGUGGUGGCGGCUCCAAUACGGAAACUGUGGGAGUAGAAAUUGUUGGCAGGGAGGCCACAUUGGUGAAGAAUUGACCUAAGCUCUGUUGUGAGAUUGUUCCGUGUAAGCCAUUGUCUGGGUUGGACGAAAGCGAACAGAGGGUGGCUUGAUGGUGGCUGGACUUGAAGGAGAUAGUCUUUCAUGGCCAUCACCGAACAGAUAGGUGACGAGGACUUUGCAAUGGUGAUUAUGUGGCCCUGUCUGAAGGGGUCAGUUUUAGAUUGUUUGAUGUGGACUAGCAUGUGGUUGGGUGAGUGGGAGUUGGGUACCAGUGUGAUGUCCUUGGAGGUGAGGUGGACAGAGGGGUCGAAGGGGCCAUUGCAAGUGAAUUCACUGGAUCGUAAAAACCCAAAAAAGGCAAGGGUGAAGGCCGCCCAAAGCAUAACAUGGUCCAGGUUAUAGGAAAGUUCGGGCUUAAGGUAGGAGUGAAUGGAAUGGAGAACUGUGAGGGUAAUGGGAAAACUGUCAAGCCGCCUGGUAGGAGUGAGGCGCUUAAUGCCUGUCAGGACCUUUUGUAACCUAUGCAUGUCAUUGAGCUUAAGAGGAAAGUUAAGCUCCCGAUGAAGGUCCUGCACUGCCACCAAGUAUAGCUUGACUGUUUCAUAGGAGACUGUGUUGGCUAAAUGAGAUGCAAAAUACAUCAGGGUUAUCUCUGAGGCUGGUAGGAGGGGGUUUGAGGGGCCUACUAAACCAUGCAUGAGUGUAAAGGUGAGGAAGUGCUUAACGCCAACUUGAUAGGUGCGUCGGGUGGAAGGGGCAAGGGAAGCAUGAAGGUAUCGCUGUACGGAACCUCUCAGAUGUUCAUCGCUGAUGGAGGGAUGGUGGAGGCUGUGGGAGAGGCUGAGGGAGCCAGGGUACGGAAGCGGUCCAUCUGAAAACGGGAAAGGGAAUCAGCGAUAGAAUUGUCUAAGCCCGGGAUGUGAGUAGCUGUGAAUGCAAAGUUAUAUUGGAGCGUUUGAAGUGUGAUUGCUCGAAUAAGGUCCAUUACCCGGGGGGACUUGGAGUGUUUAGAGUUUAUGCUAGCCACCACUGACUUGUUGUCACACCACAUGCGGAUUCUUUUGCCGGACCAGCGGGGCCCCCAUAAAAUGCAGGCCAAGUAUAUGGGAAAUAGCUCCUGCCAUUCAAUACUAAUACCCCUUUUUUGGCUGAGGGUGUGGUGGGGCAGCCAGUGGCCCUGGAACCAUUCCCCUGCUAAGAAACCGCCAUACCCAAGGAAACCAGAAGCAUCCGUGUAUAGCUGAAGCUCCGGCGGGGAGGUGGCCUGGGUAUCUAAAAAGAGAGACACCCCAUUCCAAUUUUGGAGAAAAUGCAGCCACAUAGAAAUGUCCUUACGGAAACCGGAAUUAAGGCGAAUAUGCCAAUGGGGGAACUUGAUACCCUUUGUAAGGUGGAUAAUGCGUUGCAAGAAGGGGCGGCCAGGGGCAAUAACCUUACAAGCAAAUUGAAGGGUGCCAAUCAGAGACUGUAGCUCCUGUAGGGUAGCAGAUUUCCUAGUAGUCCACUGACCAAGAGCUUCCUGAAUGCGGGUGAGUUUAUCCACCGGGAGACGGGCAUCCAUUUUCUUGGAAUCUAGUUGGAUACCCAUAAAUUCAAGGCAUGUGCAUGCAGGGAAGGUUUUCCCAGGAGCUAUGGGGAUAUUUAGAUCUGUAAAAAGGUGCAAAAUUUGGCAUAGAGCAGUCAUGCAUUUUGAUCUGGGAGGGGAGGUAGCAAAAAAGAAAUCAUCUAGUAUAUGGAUAACCUUUGGGAUAUUAAGUUUAGUUUGAAUGAUCCAUUCCACUGCAGAAGAGAAUUCAUCAAAAAGGAAGGGGGCCGACCUGAGACCGAAGGGGAGCACCAUAUCGAAGAAAUAGAGCCCUUCCCAUUUCAUACCCAGAAGUUCCCAAUCAGAGGGGUGGACGGGAACAUUGCGAAAUGCUGAUUUUAUGUCUAGUUUGGACAUGAAGCAGCCUGGACCGAGAUCCUGAAGAAUGGCAAUUGCGUGGUCCACCUUUAUGUAUUGCAAAGAAUAGGAUUCGGGAGGAAUGUGGGCAUUGACACUGGUGGGGCGGUGUUUGGGGUAGGAGAGAUGGAAAAUGGUACGCCAUUCCGAAGAGUGUUUCUUGGGAAUGACCCCAAUGGGGUAUACCUGCAGGUUGGAGAAGGGAGGGAUGUGAAAAGGCCCUGCUGUGUGGCCCACGGUAACCUCUUUUAGCAUGUUUUUGUCAAUAAUAGAUGGGUUGAUAUUUGCACAGGGAAGGUUAGAAUAUUCCUUGGGGGCCCUUGGACCUGAAUAGCCGAUCUUAAAGCCCUGAGAAAACCCUGUGAGAAGAUGAUUAACUGUUGUGUGAUCUGGAUGGCCCUGAAGGUAGGAUGCAAAUUUGUUGAUGUCAAUGGGGGUGGGAGGGGUCAGUUGGGAGAGGUAAUUAGGAGUGUCCUCGGGAGGAAUUGCCAGAGCUUGAAGACGAUUUAGGUCUGUCCUCUCUGUGGCGGGUGAGUUUGGUGUGAUCUUCCCCAGAGUGAGCUGCUGAGCAUCCCGGCUGGUUACACCUGUGUUGGUAAGGGCAUGGGGUGCGAGCACAGGGUCGGCCUUUGUUAAAGUCGUAGCACAGGUCGGAUUGGGUAAGGGCAUCCCGGGACCUACGGGGAGAUAAAGGGCAGGUAUCAGAAAGAUGAUCAAUGCUGCCGCAAGAUCGGCAUCCCGAUUUGGGGAGGCCUGUGAAGGUAUCGAGGUAGAGCUGGACGUCCCGUUCCCCCCACUUGGCAGAAAGGUUAUGGGAGGCACGCCUUCGAAAUUCCACAUCAUAGACAUACCAAGCCAUCCCAGGGAACUUUCGUGCCGCAUCGCGAAUCAACUGUUGAUAGGCUAUUAAAUCCGCGGCACGAGAGGGAUAUACCGACACUAUAACGGCGAAAUAUAUGGCAAAGGCAUCGAGCCAUCGAUCGAUGGAGGUGAUUUUGGGGCGUUUAGAGGAGGAGGGAAGGGGAAUAGUUAGACCCUGAUCGCCUACCUUAAGGUUAAGAUGGGAAUGGAUGGAGUCAGUGAGAAGGGAGGUCAUUGGUAAAAGGGUAGCAAAGUCCACGUACUCACCGUUGGUGAUGGCCGUCGAGGUGGCUUUAGUGAGAUGGCUGGCGAGGGAAGGCUGUCGGAAGUUAGGGUGAAGCGACGCUACUUGGGCUGGAUCGGAAAAGUCGACUGGAGAAGAGAGGGAACCAAGACCAGAAGAAGCGGCGAGACCAGAAGAAACGGCGGUGCUUGGGAGGAGAUUACCUGUCGGAGGAGUUUGAAGGGAAGGUUGUUGUUGUGUCGUGUUUUGGCCGCCAUCUUGUGGCGGUGGAAGAGGACUGGACCUGAGGCUGUCCUGACGGUUGCUCGGAGGACUGGGCCGAGUGAGUUGAGCACUGCUGGCACCGCCAUCUUGGAUUAGUUGGCGGUUCAUCCGCUCGUCCACUAUGGAGGCGAUUAAGGCCGCCAAUUCCGCGUGUGGAACGCCGGUGGCGAUACUGGAGUUAGACUGGGCGCCUGCUGAUUGUGAUGCGGGCGGUCUUUGCUGCUCGUUAUGUUGUAGACGCGCGAUAAGUUCGCGGCGAUUCCCGGUUUGCUGGAGGUGACGUUCUCCCAGCAUGAGGCGAAGAGCUUCGGUGGACAUGGCGCUGUAGUCUGUUGGUUCUGCUGGUACGUUGGCGCCAUCCAAUACGGCAUUUCGACGGUUGAUGUUCCUCCUUUGCCUUGGCAUGAUACACUAAGUUAUGUAAGUCGAUUUAAGCGAAGCGAUUUGUGAGGAAGUAGACCAGGCACAGGUUAUACACAGGUUACUAAUCUUAGGUCAGUUGUCAUACUGGCCAUCACUAGUUGACAUUUUUUAUGUUUUUUCUUACAGCUACUUGUACUUUGCCGACAGCGGUAGGAAGCCGAAAAUCGAACGAGCAAGGCUGGAUGGAAGUAAAAGAAAGACACUCUUUAUUUUUGAUAGUAACCUAGUCCCAAAUGGUUUGGCUCUCGACGAGACACGCAACAAACUUUACUGUGCCGGGACCGACCUAGCUGGAUACGGCGUUAUAGGGGUUAUCACCCUGAGUGAUUUAAAUAUCACCUUUAUUUUUCAACGCACCGCGGGCUAUCGUCCGUUUGGUCUAGAUAUCUUUGAGGAGCAUGUGUAUUGGACUGACCAAGGAAAGAACGCUCUUUUACGCAUCAACAAAUCUAGUGGAACUGGCAUGGAGGUCAUUAUAUCUGGUUUAAACAAGCCGAACGGAUUAAAAAUUCUCCAAAGAGUUCAAGAAAGACUAGGUGGAUAUAGUACUCAAGGUGGGAGCACACGCAAAUUUCGCACAUGCCUUUUUUGCUGUUUUCGCUUUGCCAAACUGACAGGGUUCUCUUACGACACUAUAUGUCCUGUUUCAGAUUCUGAUAACCCCUUUCCGAGCACGGUGGCAGGGAUGGUUGCAGGUGGUACUUGUGUUUAUAAGAAUGGCGGUUGCGAGCACUUAUGUUUAAAUCUGCUACACCCAGCAGAGCGGAAAUGCCUCUGUGAGGAAGGGUUUAGGCUUGGAGAAGAUGGGAAAACAUGUGAAAUGGUAAGUGUUGGUAAUAUUACCAAUUUACUAAAAGUUAUUGGAACUGCCACUUAAAUGCCCCAAGACUUGAUUCCCAUGUGUUCACAUAUAUGUUGCGCGUGAUUUUAUUGCAUGGCCUUGACGCUCGAUCCGAUCUCGUACGUACGUACCCAAAGUGUUGUUCAUUACUGCUCCAGCUACGUUACGUUGAGUUUCGUCCGAUCAUAUAUUCGCCAGUUUGUUUUAAGAUACGUCAUCUUGAAUGUCGUUUAUUUAAAGGGAAUCUUCAACAAGUAGUCGAGAUUCUUCCAGUAGCUUUUUUGUGUAUCUUUGUACGUGAGCGUAAGACAUUUGAGACGUGUCAAAAGAUUCUAAGUCCGAUUUGGGAUAAAAUUUCUAAAAAUGUACGAUACAGCUAAUUAACUUCAGUUACUGAAAAGUUAGCCGCAAAAACGGCGACCUCCCUUUUAUGACAGAUUUGAUCUUUGACGGGAUGGAUUGAAAGCAAGUUACAACCUUAGUGCUGCUUGAUUUAUCAAAGGCGUUCGACGGUAUCGAACAUGGACUCCUGCUGAAAAAACUUCGUUCACUGGGUGUUUCUAGAGAUGCCGUGUAACUGUUUAGGUUAUUUUUUGACAGACAGAAGUCAGUCUGUGAGAAUUGGAAGUGAUUUGUCAGAUUCCCGUAAAGUAGCGCAUUGCGUUCCUGAUGGAUCGAUAUUGGGACCUGCCCUGUUUAACAUCUAAUGGGUGCUGAAGAGCUAUUACAACAACUUGUAUCUCUACACUGCAGCUGCAGGAGAUUGGCCGCCUGUUGUUGCACGCAUAGCCCUCUUAUUAAUCCAGAUAAAACUAGGCUGCUAUUACUGGGAACCUUGCAGAUGCUAGCAUGCAUGCCGAAGGAUUUUAGCAUCACCUUACUUAACUGGCAAGGAAAUACGGCCGUCACAUUCCGUGAAGGAUUUGGUCGUUGUAGUUGACGCACACCUAAGUUUUAAUGAACAUGUGACUGAUGUAGAGUCCAAGUGUACAGCUAGCUUGUGUCAAAUAAAUCGUGUAAAACAUUUAUUUGAUAAAUAAACGCUAAUGACCACUAUAAAUUCUCUGGGGUUUUUUUUGACGCUGUAAUGGCAUUUAAAAAUGUGUGCUCGGACUAGCCCCAGCAUAUCUGCGCAGUAAAUUCUUUGUUAGAUGUCUCCCAAUACUAGACACAAGUUGGAUGUAUCGCUAUUCCGAACGGCUACUGGUCAGUGGUAAUUUGUAUACAAAGCCGCUCGGCUUUGGAAUGAAUUACCUCGGACUCUAAAGGAAGUGAAUAAUUUGAUGAAUUUUAAGGCUGCCCUUGAGAGUAGCGCUUGGGAGAAUUUUAUAGUAUCAUAGAACGUUUUAUACCUGGACUCUUUUUAAGCUAGCCAGGAUAGUUUUUAUAUGUUCAUAGUUUUUUUACUGUAAAGUGUUACUGAAAACCCGAUUUUAUUGGAGUGACAAAUAAAUUAUUUAUUUAUUUACCCCCCCCUUCACGUUUCCCAUAAUACAAUUCGUUUUACCCUCAAAAUUUGGCGUAAAUUUUGUUUUCAAUUUCUUAAGGGACGAAUGUCAGUUCCAGGAGAAGAAAUGGAAGAAAAGAAAGAUGAAACUUGGAUUGCAGCAACUUGGCUGCUGAUUGCUUUGUCGCUGCUUCUUGUCUUAUUCCUUGGGGGUGCCGCGGUUAAGAAAUUCCUCUCGUGGUCAAGAGAAAGAGGUUUGCCAGACGUGAUUCGCAUGGUGUUAAGAGAGGAGGUUAACAGCCCGGAGAUGGAACCUAUCAUGCAUGCAGACCCGCAAGUGGAAAAUACGACUGAUGCGUCACCUGAGUGGAACCAGCAAGGUUGUAGUGCUGAGUCUACAGGAGCAUGCGCAGUCAGCGAGGAUUUGCCACUUCAGGUGAGACAGGCGAAAUAUAUUUUAGAUUCUUGGUUUGCAACCAAGUGACAAGCCGUUGGUGGUCAAUACGUAUACAGUACAUCUGUUUUUCGAAAAAUUUUUAUGAUAACAGAGUUUAGUUACUAGUGGAAAGAAAUGCUUUUGUUCUUGACACCCAACAUUGAAGUGUAAACCACCAACAGUUAUCGAAACACAUAUGAAAGUAAUAAGCCAAGUUAACUGAAAAUAAUAAAAGAUAAUUAGCGAAUAUGAAAAGUUAACCAGGUGAAGAAAAUAGAACAUAAGGUUAGAGCGCUUGAAUACUGUAGACUACAUCGCGGAGCAAAAAAUAACAAAGCUAUGAUGUAGCCUGGGACCAGGGCCCGGUUGCAUAAAACCUGCACUUAAGUGCUCACUUAAGUAGGUCACUUACGAAUCCGUUAUGGGUACACUUACGGGUGUUGCAUGGAACACACUUAGCACUCUCGUAAGUUUCUGUUUUACGUGGUAACUUACGGGCUCACUUAAGGACACACGUAACCUUGAUAUAGCACUUUAUUAAUGAUUCACUCUUUUUUCAAGUUAAGCUAACCAUCGGUGAGUGUAAAGAAAGUUAAAAGUCGUUUCGAACACUUUUAAGCCUCUCAAAAAAUGAAAUUUGCAUGCAACCGUUAUUUUUCUUCAAUAUCUACUGAAAAUAAUAGUUCUUCUUCUUUUUCACAAAAGUGUACAUCAGAGGUUAACAAAGCGCAUUAGAACGAAUUACGUGAAGAAAAAUACUUUUUUUCACUUCUCAGUAAAAGAUCUCGUUAAAUUUAGUAAAAAUAGUAACGAUACGGGACCUACAUAGGUCCCGUAAAUUUACGUGCUAUUUUUUCCGUAAAAAAAGUUUUAUGCAACACCCGCAAUUUCUGUUGCAUAAACGACACUUAAGUGAACACUUACGAAAAUCGUAAGUGCAACCACUUAAGUGAAUUCCCUAAGUGGACCACUUAAGUGAUUUCAUGCAACUGACUUAAGUUACGAGUGCACGUACGUGUACCCGUAGUUGUUACGGGCGUUUUAUGCAACCGGGCCCAGGCUCCGCAGUUGAGGAAAAAGGCCAAAAAAAAAAAAAGAAUGGGCGAGUGAAGCAUGCCUCCUACCUUGAACUCCUCUAUCUACUCCAAAAGAAAGCCAUUCGAACUAUCACCUUUUCUCCUCUACGAACUCGUUCUAAGCCUCUUUUCUCGAAGCUUACUAUUCUUUCUCUCCAUUCACUUCAUAAAUUUCAUGUUUCUUGUUUUGUAUUCUCACACUUUAAUCGCCUUUUACCUGCCUCUCUUUCCUCGCUCCUCCACUUUAAUCGUGAUUUUCAUGAUUAUCUAACUCGUUCUCGUUUCAACUUGCAUAAAAUGUGCCUCAGGUGUCAAUUUGCUAUUAGUUCUCAAGCCCCGACUAUAUGGAACGAUAUCCCCUUGACUGUCCGUGACAGCCUUACCACUACUAACUUUAAAAAGAAACUAAAACUUCGCUUUUUAAGCCUGAAUUGAACUAGCGCAGGAUUCUCAUAGUUUAUUGUUAGUUUAUUUGUCACUAGUUCCGUCUCUGUUAUAGGACUGCCUGCAUGUAAACUUAUUUAAUUUCAGUUUUGUAUCUUGUUUUAGUUUUGUAGUUUAGCCUACAGUCUUCAUUUCUAUAUAAAAUAAUUUCUGUCAUUCUGACCACAGGCCGUAUAAGCCCCCGGCUUUGGCUUUACUGAGUUUGUACUAUAUGAGCGAUGGAAUAAUAAAGUUAAGUUAGUCCAAGAGCCAUGAUUGGUUAGUCUUAUGGGGAGGGGAAAGGGUGGCGGCCGCCUUUCCCCCCUCCCCAGUCUACCGCUAGGCUCGCUUCUUCGUUCGCCGAUUUUUUUUUUUGGCCUUUUUUCCCACCUGCGGAGCCUGGUCCCAGGCUACUAUGAUGCGACCUGAACGGCAAAAACAAUUUUUGAAGAGUGACCUAAAUUCCUUACAUCUUCACGCGUAUGUUCGUUUUAUAGUUACCGUAAAUGACCUAUUAAGCGCCCAGUUCCAAAUAAACGCCUCUUAUCUGAUAAACGCCCCCUCUACACGGUUAAAAUUUUAUUAGACGCCCUUCUCUAAUAAACGCUCCCUGUCCCUAUGGUGACUAUUUCAAUUAAGGUCAUUUUGACUUUUUAGCGUCUGCAAAACAGUCGUUUUUCCGCCAUAUUUUAAUGUCAGCUGUGUCUUGUCAGGGCAGACCGAGGGUUGAAAAUUUAAACCACUAUUUCCACCCCCCGGGUUUCCAUCACAAUGUAACCAUGACUUAAAUAUUUCUUUUUAGGUUCAGGUGCAGGGAGAUGUAGUGGUUUACAGUACAGUGAACAUGAUGAAUACAGUUCACAUGAAUAAUACCAAUAACGUGGAGCUUCAACAAAGUGGCGGAGUGACGGUUGUAGGUGACGAAGCGAAAGUCAAUUAUCAUCAGGCUCCUACGAGCUGAUGCAAAACAUGCUGAGAAUUCCAGUCGUUACUUUUAUUUGUAACACUAGCAUUAUCUAGUGUGUUUAUUCUUCAAGAUUGGAUUAGAUCGUUGAAGGGCCUCUUCUUGGUCAUUCCAGAAACCCUUACACGUGAACUCUUUCCAAUAACGCGAGUGACAAAUCCCAGAGUCUGUAGCUACCGUUUGCAAUGAAAGGGUGGAAACUAACGCGCUUUUACUCCGUUUAGAGAAGCUCAUCAUACCAGUACACUCUGUCCGGCACUAAAAUGAACGUUUUCAGUCACCCCUGUGUUCAUGUACACACUAGAGUUUUUCUUUGAUUGUGCUUUAUCCUCAACUAAAACGGUUACGUGUUGCCUUUAAAAUGCGCUCCUCCUUUAACCACACCAUGACAACUAAUUCAACUGUCAAUGUGUUUACAUUCAGCUAAUUUGGGGCACUGAAAAUAGUAUGGUAACAAAUCUACGGUAC